AUGGAGCCUCAACCAGCCGAAGCUGCCAGCACAGCCCGGCUCCCAGGUCUGCUGGCCCGAGGCCGGCGGCCACCACACCCCCCCACCCUGCACAUGGUCAUUGAGGCGCUGCGGGCCCAGGAUGAGAAGAAGGGCACCUCUGUCAUUGCCAUCAAGCAGUUCAUCCUGGCCAAGUACCCCACUGUGGACCCCAUCCGCCUCAAGUACCUGCUGAAGCGGGCGCUGAGCAAGGGGCUGAGCUGUGGGGACCUGGUGCGGCCCCGCAACUCCUCCGCCAUGGGGGCCACCGGCCGCUUCAAGUUAGCCCCUGAGAAGCUGCGGCACAAGCAGCCACCGGGCCAGGCGGAUCCUGACAGAGGAGAGGUCCCAAAGCCAGGAUGGAAAGGGACCGCCAAGCCCCCCCGGGCCCCUGCGGCGGGUGCGCGACAGCAAGGCGCUGUGGAGGAGAAGCCGACAGCGGUGAAGCGGAAGCCGAGGGCAAAGCCCAUAGAUGCCCGGCUGCCAGCGGCAGCGAAGCCCAGGAGCAAUGGAAUGAAGACCCUGCAGGCUGCCAGCCGCCCCCGUGCCCCUGGCAAAGGGCGUUCAGGGCCCCCUGCGGCUCCGGCUGCUGAGGGUGCAGGAGGGGGCGAUGGUGGCAGCCCUGUGGGUGCUGGGGCAAAGGGGUCCCGAAAGGCCCCAGUGGGAAAGAGCAAGGGGAAGGCACCCAAGGGGGUACAGCAAGAUGCCCCCAAGGCGAAGCAGGGUCAAGGCAAGGCGAGGAAGCCCCGGGCAGCCCUAGGAGCCGGCCAGGGGGAGGCUGGGCUGCGGAAGGCAGCCCCAGCAGGCAGGAAGGCUCAGUAA